AAUAAGUAUUGGAAGCGCACCCUGCUUCCCGCUUCACAUAAUUUUCGUCUCUGACGCCAACGCUUUGACUCUCCCCCUUCCCCCUUCACGGCCUUCGGCCGGUGGUCCGCUUCCCGGCGAAGAAUCCAGCCGCCGUUGCUUCACCGGAAGAAGCUCAUUCGUUCCUUCAAUUUCUUAAUAUAGCUUGUCGGAAACUCUUAUCUGCACGAACUGAAUACGCAAAACAAGCUCUUCACCGGUGGCAGUUCAUAGUUUCUGUAUCCGGGUUGUCACGUGGUCCGGAGUGUUCCGUGUAUUAUUGAACUGUAGUGGAGGAGCGCUGACAAUGGCAAUGCCUUGGUCUGCUUCAACUACUUCCACAUUUUAUCGUGGACUUUUUUUACGGAUGCCUCCUGUUAGUUCGAGAUAUAUCUCUAAUAGUCAUCUGCUGAGGAAGGGUGCAAACCUUCGUGUCAAGGAUCAGGAUGCGGCCACCCCUCUGCAUUAUGCUUUUCAAGUCAGUGCCAGACAAACUGUUAAGUUACUGACCAAAUGCAAGGUUGAUAUCAAUGUGCAAGAUAAUGAAGGGUGGACUCCGCUGCACAUCGCAAUGCAGACUACGAACCGAGAUAUUGGGAAAAUUUUAUUGGUGAAUGGAGCUGACAAAACACGAAAUGAUUUGAUCUCUGGACAGCAUGGUCGUAGUGAAGGUCGUAAUGCAAGAGGAAUCAUUACCGCAGGGCAUAGAGGGGGAGGUCAUAAGCGUCUAUACCGUAAAAUCAAUCUUCGACGGAAUGGAAAAGACAUAUAUGGUAGAAUUGACGGGAAAACACCUCCGGAUCUAUGCUUAAGCUAUGGCAAGGACUUUAAGUCAUAUGAUCUUGCGAAAAUGUUGAAACUCACACUGGCUAAUAACCGCUACUAUUGACAAUUCGAGGCUGCACAGCAAUCUUCUCAGCUUCUGAUAAGGGGGUUUGAUUGCCUCUGCAGUUUGUAGGGACCAUCUCAAGGUGAUACUACUUCUCAGAUCAACCUGAGAACUGAUAUGUAAUGGUUGCUGAGGCUGUUCUAUCUCUCACACAUUAUUUAUCGAUGCACUGGUUUUGGCUCGGAAGCAAAUUGUGGCUAUCAUGUAACUUCUCGAGCAUUUGUACUAUACGUCCCUUUUGUCUUAUAUAAAGAAUGGGUUGGUGUCAUGUAAAUA